AUGACAAGGAUAAGAGACUUUUUAGGGGCUCCAAGGGCUUUGGUUCGUCGGAAUCCUACACCUCCUCCUCGAUCGGAAACCUCGGUCCGACAAAAGGAAAUGAUGGAUGAUACUGUCAAACAAGAAUAUCAGGAAUUUGAACAGAUCCCAAGGGUGGCACAGAGGCCCCUUGUGUUAAUGGUUAACAUAAAGCAUGUUUCUGACCAGGUGGUCAGACAAAUUCAACACGAGGUAGCCGUUGGGGAGCAAAACCUAGAGGUCAUCGUCGAACUGAUCAUAGUACGAAAUGGAAUAAGUCCAUGCUUACAGCGAUUGACUUACUCUUCACCCUUGCCAGAUUUUGUCUUACAGAUAGAACUGCCUAGGGGAUGGAAAGUCCCGAAAUUUACUAAGUACGUUGGGGAUACUGAGGAGUCCACUGUCGAACACAUUGCCAGGUAUCAAAUGGAGGCCGACGAAAUAGCGAACAAUGAGGAUUUGAAGUUAAAAUACUUCCCAAGUUCUCUUACAAAAAAUGCGUUUACGUGA